AUGAACCCAAACUCAAAUUGGAAUGGGUUGUCUAAGCCAUUUGAUUACAUGUUUAAAAUUUUCCUUGUUGGUGACAGUUUUAUUGGAAAAUUGUGCUUAGUUGCGAAAUUCAUUAGCGAAGAUAGUAACGUAUGUGAUUCUCGUGUUCCUACUGUUGGUAUGGAUUUCAAAAUCAAAACAGUGGAACUUAAUGGAAAGAAAAUACAACUACAAAUAUGGGAUCCUACAGGCCAGGAGCGAUUCCGCUCAAUUGCAAUUUCCCCGCUAUUUACAAAUAGCUACCACAGAGUAAUGGGGAUCAUGCUGGUUUAUGACAUCACACAAGAGAAUACAUUCGAUGAUAUUGCCAGGUGUCUAAGGGAAAUUCAGAAAUGUGUGCCGUGA